AUUAUGGGUAUGGCUAUGAAUUCCAACUUUUGAGGGUCAUCGGCGCACGUGUAAACUUGGAGGUUGGGGGUGGUGAGAGGCAACUUCACGCUAACACUUUUUUAUCGGCAAAAAUCGCCAAUGACGACUCUGUUUCCGUUUUCCCAAUCUCAUUUGCGCUUGAUUUUCAAAGCCAAGGUCCCAUUUCCGUCGCUGUUUCACACUAUCCCUCGCUCUCAUGGACGUCCAAUGUCUCGAAUUACUGGGAUAUGUAUGGAGCAUGUGGGCUUACCAUCAACUAGGAAACCACUUUCUGGAUUUAGAAUGCUUUGUACUGGCGAAGAUUUGACCACUAAAAAAUGUGUUCCUUGCAAUUCAAAUGAUUUGCGACCAAUGACUGAGGACGCAGCAAAACGUUUGAUUAGAGAGCUGGUUGACUGGAACCUUGUAAAUGAAGAUAGUAAGCUAAAGUUGAGCCGAUCGCUGAAGGUGAAGAGUUUUCUUAAAGGAAUGGAGUUGUUUCAACUUAUAGCAGAAGUUGCAGAGGCAGAGGGCCAUCACCCUGAUCUGCAUCUAGUUGGAUGGAACAAUGUAACAAUUGAAAUCUCUACACAUGCAGUAGGUGGACUGACUGAAAACGACUUCAUUCUAGCUUCCAAGAUCAGCAAGCUUGAUGUUCACCACCUACUCAGCCGGAAAGUUUCCAUUAGCAGUCAACAUGAUUGUUGAACAGGAACCAAAACGUUCAAACAAUAUUCUAAUGUUCUUGUUCAUUUUUAUGCAUUUUUUCUUAAGUCGAGAUUCCCAGAUUGUCUCUUAAUACAUGGCGUGUUGAUUCAGUUCAGUUUUGCAGUUUGAAAGAUGAUUAUGAUUAUCUUUGGGGGGGUUUAAUUAAGAACUGUGAAUUUUUUAUAUUUUAUUUUUUUUAAAUUUC